AUGCCUACCCUCCUCCAAUACAUCCUCUCGCAGGAUUCCUUCAGAAAAAACCGCCUCCCCUCUCUCUAUUCCGACUUCCCCAUCCACCGCAAAACCAACCCCGAGGGAUACACAACCAACGUCGCAGCCUGGGAACACGCCCUGGCCUCCGCCGCAAGACAUGGCUAUAUCAUUUCCUCAUCAUCACACGGACAUCCCUCAGCACAGAAGACGAAUCACCUGGUCUUGAGAGCAGAUGAAUCCUUGUUACGAGAUUUGGAGAUCCCCGAGUGCGGACGGCCGGUGGCGUUGGGUGCGGUUUUUGAUGACGCCACGAGGAAUCGCACUAUGGUGCCGCUGCACCUGUACCGGAGUAAUCCGGCCAGUUUGAGGAAACCGCAGUGGGGGAUAGAUACGUCGGUGUUGAGUCCGUGGGCUGUGAUGAGCUGGGGUAUGAAGCAGUUGAAAGGUGUGGUUGUGGGGUCUGAGGAGGCGACGCCGAGGUUGCAGGCCCAGGAGUUGGUUUUGGUGAAGAAUCUGAAGGAAGCUGCCGAUCGCGUCGUUAAGAAGGCUACGGGGCACAACCCGUCUAAGACGGAUUUGGUCUACUCUAAGGAGAGCUUUGUGAGUGAGUUUUCGGGUGUCUUGGAGGAGGGAAGCCGGCUGUCCGACGCGGAUAUGGAUGUCCUAUUGUUGUAUCUGUCUCGCGACAGUGGUGCGAUUGCGUAUGAUGGCAAGACUAUCAAGUUCAGAACCAGUGAUGCUCCCAAAGAUAUCACAGAGCAGGAUACCGCCGUUGCCUCUAUCAAAACGCUUAUGUCGACUAUGACUAAACAGGUAGAAAAUCUGGAAAACAAGAUCGUCGAACUCAAUUCGACUGCCAAAAUGGCGCUGCAGAAUAAGAAUCGUGUUUCUGCGCUAUCGGCCGUGCGCUCCAAGAAGCUGGCAGAGCAUAACCUAAAGCAGAGGCUGGAUACUCUGAUGCAGCUCGAAGAAGUCUAUUCCAAGAUUGAGCAGGCCACGGACCAGGUUCAAUUCGUGAAGGUGAUGGAGGCAAGCACCGGGGCCCUUCGUGGCUUGCAUACUCAGAUUGGCGGUGCCGCGAGGGUCGAGGAUGUGGUGGAAGAGUUGCGGGAAGAGAUGUCCAAGGUGGACGAGGUAGGAAACAUCAUGAACGAGGCUGGCCCGCAGAUUGAUGAGACUGAGAUCGACGACGAGCUGGAGGAAUUGGAAAACAGGGAGCGGCAGGAGAUGGAGGAGAAAGAGGCGGAAGAGACCCGCAAGAAGCUCGCCGAAUUGGACAAUCUCGAGCAGCGCGCCAAAGAAGCUGCACGCACAGCGGCAGGGGAGCAAGCUGUCAAUUCAGAGUUAGAAGAACGGCUAUCGCGGAUGUCUGUCGAAGAAGGUCCUAGAGCCACUGCUUAA